AGGAAGCGUUUUUCACUUUUCUGUGUAAAAACUGCAGAUCAUCCAAAGCAUGAAAUUGCCCCUGCGCCCGUAUCCAACGCUGCUUAAUGCUAGGGGUUGGUGCGGACUCUUUAAAGGGCUCUUUGCAGCGAUUCCUCGGCUGUGUGUGCGUGUGUUUAUGGGAGGUCUGUAGGUUUCCCUUUGAAGUCGAACUGUUGCCAUGUUUGAAUUACGUCAGGGUGAAGCCAUGAGGAACCAGCUCCAGCCUCUCAGCAGCAGUAGCAGCAAGCGGCAGCAGCUCAGUGUAGGAUGAGGCUCCAGCAGAGAAGAAAAGAUGUUUGGUUUCCAUAAACCAAAGAUGUACCGGAGUAUAGAGGGUUGCUGUAUCUGCAGAGCAAAGUCUUCCAGCUCUCGUUUCACUGAUAGUAAACGUUAUGAAAAAGACUUCCAGAAUUGCUUUGGGCUCCAUGAAGUCCGCUCAGGAGAUAUCUGCAAUGCGUGUGUCCUUUUGGUGAAAAGAUGGAAAAAGCUGCCAGCAGGAUCAAAGAAAAACUGGAAUCACGUGGUGGAUGCAAGGGCUGGACCCAGUCUUAAAACAACACUGAAACCAAAGAAAAUGAAAACUCUCUCUGGAAGCAGGAUAAAGAGCAAUCAAAUCAGCAAACUGCAAAAGGAAUUCAAACGGCACAACUCUGAUGCCCACAGCACCACCUCAAGUGCCUCCCCCGCUCAGUCUCCCUGUUACAGUAACCAGUCUGAUGAUGGCUCUGACACCGAGAUGAGCCCUGGGUCCAGCAGAACACCAGUCUUCUCCUUUUUAGAUCUCACAUACUGGAAAAGGCAAAAAGUUUGCUGUGGAAUAAUUUACAAAGGGCGUUUCGGGGAAGUCCUUAUAGACACUCAUCUCUUCAAACCUUGCUGUAGCAAUAAGAAGUCAGCAACUGAGAAGCCUGAACAACAGGGACCCCAAUCUCCAGCCAUCUCCAAUCAGGAAGGAUGGUGACUUCCUUGGCUAACAGGAAGGUGUAUACGGAGCCUCUUAUUGUCUGGAAAAUGCUAGAAAGUGACCCUUUGUUUACUAUGGACACCUGCUAUGCUGCCAAAAGACUAUUCCUUAAAAUUGUUUUGGUGUUUUUACUGCUACAAUUCCACAAACUCUCAAGCCAGUUUGUAUCUUUUCAGAAAUACUACAUAAUAUUUAAGAUACUAUGGAACAGUUAGCAAAGCUGAAUGCUGCUGCGAGGUUGUCUUUAAGGGUUUUUUGGUUUUUGUUUUUAUCUUUCACCUACCCAUUCCUUCCAUGAACGAACUUUUGAGGGUGGGUUUUCUUGUAUAAUAAAGUGUAUGUAGUUAAUAUUUCUGUACUGAGAGAAGCAGUGGUUGUGUUUGGCAUUUUUUAAGUUGAUAAACCCCCUCCCCAACCAGAGAAAAUAUUUCAUUUGAUGUGUGAUUCAGUGACAUGGACUUAUACAUAGAAGUUUUUAACUCUUUACAAUAUUUUCAUUUGCGUGUAUUUUAAAAGGUAUGGAGAGCUAAACCUGUACUACUGACAUUUUAACCAAGACAAAUAGUUUCAUCAUUCCUGUAUGGCAAAGCCAGGUAAUGUAAGCAAGGCUAGUACACGAAGACCUAAAUGUUCAAUAUCCAAGAAGAGUGGAGGUACGCUGUGUCUAGACACAUGUAUAGAACCUCCCAGUUCCUCCUGAAUACAAGUGACCAGUAAACCAAUAAAUGACAACCCAAAAGCAAGCGCUGGGGGUUGUGCAGUACUGCACGUGAUUAGAUUGAGAGAGGAACCAUGGAGGCCACCUGGGGUCCAGGUUAGGUGCAGCUUCAGGGUUGGAAUUGUUGAAUUCUCACAGGAUGAUCUCAUAAAUUUUCUGCCAUUUCUAGGCACCUUCCUGGUUUUGAACAUGACACAGAACCAAAAACGUAGUGGGGGCGCCGGGGGGGGGGGGGGGCAGCUUUCUGUCCCAGGAAUUGAAACAAAACAAUCCAAGCAUGAAAUUCAGUUGGGUUAUGAUUCCUGUUUUGGACCCUUCCAGUCUUGUGAACUGUAUGCAUGUUUAUACUGCAAUCCCGGGGUGUGGUUUAAUCCAGAUAGCUCUGCUACCAGAGCAGUGAAGCUGUGGGAGCGUGACUUCACAAGGCUGUCCAGCUGAGUAAUUGCCCAGGAUCCUGGGCAGCCUUGUAUAGCCCUCACUGAUGCACAUGAUGCCAUGGUUACACUGCUAUUGGUACCCGAGUUAGCUAGAGCAAAGCUAGCUGGGGACAUCCAUGAGCUGCAGUCACACCCUGUCAUUGUAACACAGGGCAUGUCUAUACUGCAGACAUACACACCCCAUAGCAACACUUCUGUGCAUGCUGGACCUAUUGUAAAUUCUGUAAGUGCUGUUAAAAAUUACUCCAUUCUAAAUAGAGGCAGCUCUGUGUGCAUGUUGUUGGCAAAACAAAUCCUAUGCACAUUCCUGGUAAAACUUGUGUGCAAAUGAUUGUGGCAUUCCUUUAUGCUCCAGCUUUGUCUUUAGGGUAAAAACAGCUUUCUCAAUGUUUUAGCUCCUGGUUGUUUCAUGUUACUUUUAUGAAGAUUUAACUUGCACAGUGUGGGAAGUGAACACCUGGUUUAAAAA